CCACUUUAAAAACAAAGUCAAAAGAAACUACUGUAGACCUCAAAUUGGUAGAGUCAAUUUGAGACCCUUCCCUUGGAGACCAGAACCUGGUGUAACUUUCUCUUAACAAAGGUUAAUAUCCAGUGGGGGUCAGGGUUGGAACUCACUGAAUCCGCAUCACAUAGAAUCAGGUACCUCUCACAUUCACGAAAGUGAAUUAUUUUUAAUGAAUUGUGCUGACAGUAUGCCUCUUGCAAAAAGAACUAGCCCUAGAUUCUUUUCUAGCUAUCAAGAUGGAAAACAACCACAUCGUUAAUUCAGACGGAGGGGUAAACCAAGUUAAUCAGACUCCAAGACCCAUACUAAUUGUUGACCAAGUAAUGCCACAGUAGUCCAUGGCUAAGGAUUUCCGGCUUGUUCCAGUCCCUAAAAAUCUGUUCCGCACAGUUAAUAUUUCACAAAACCAAAAGGGCUUAGCUGCAAGCACAAAGAGCUAGAAAUCAGGAGACUUGUGGUUUCUAUUGAGUUCUGUCAUUAUCUGUCUAAUAAGAUAAAUAAGUCACUUCUCUGUAACUCAGUCUCCACAUUUGUGAAGUGAGGGAAGAGAAACAUGUCCUAAAAACCAUGCAGGGGCUCUGGAAAGAAAAAGAGCUAAGAAUGGUGGGUUUUUUAUAAAAGUUACACAAAUGAAUGGUUUUUGUCUCCGUUUUUCUGAAAGUGGGUUAAAAAUAGCUUCCAAAUAAAGCUAAAAGAAUUUAUUUAGACUAAAUUGCACCGAAGAAGUAGAGGAAUUAAGAGCUAUGACAAGCAAAGAUGGGAUGUUUCAAUGAAAGAAUCUCAGGCAGUAAAAAGGCUAUGCUGUAAAACCAGAACUUUUGUUAGCACUGCAUUUUUAAGAUGAAUUGGUCAUAGUUAAUGUAUUGGAUGGAAGAAUUUUUAAACAUCUGCCCCAAAGUAUGCUGCAUCCAAAAAAUAUAUAACAAAACGAAUUCUUACUCAUUUGUGUUUAUUCUUGGACUUAUCCUGACAUAAUGGGGUUUUUUAAAUUAUAGAUUCACACUGCAUUUAUUCAUCACCCCUGUCCUCUCAUCCAUAACUCAAAUUUACUACCAGCAACACAAAAUACAAAGAUGUGUCCAGUUUCACUACAGCUCUUCGCGUUUACAAGUGUCGAGCGCUUGCUUUCGGAACGCCCUUCUGAUUGGCCGAGCCAAUGCCAGUGACAUCAACCAACUUACUUUUGAUUGGAAGGCUGGUUGCUGGGACUGUAGCGUUUGCAGGAAGUCACUUAACUGUUUGGGAGCUGGAAAACCGAAGCUGAAGUUCUCUUUUGCCAUAGGAACGAGCGCAACUGACUAGGGAAGAUGUGUCCCAAAGCUCCGCAAGCUGGAACGUGAGCCAGGAGGCCCGGACCGGCCACGGGACCGCGAGGCACUCCGAAAGUGUGCGGCUGCCCCUUCCCUGCCUCCCAGCUGUUACCCUUUUAAAUGUCAGUGUUCGAGGCUGUAGGGGUAGCACGAGGCAGCGAAAUGGAACAGUCGGAUUGGCCGCACGCCUCAGUUCUAGACGCACCUCUCCACCGAAGGCCGUUCUGACUGGCAGGGGGAGAAAGUAAACAGAGUUGAAUCACCCUCCCCACUGGCCAAUUGGAGGGGGUUUGGUUUGUGACGUGAUGGGAUUCUGCGAAAUUGUUACUGAGCAAGAGAAUGCCGGAACGGUGCGGACCGGCCGGAGCAGGGGCUCAGAAGCCGUCAGUGGACUCGGGAAAAAGUGUCUCUUAGACCUGGCGCUCGGCGGGGCCCUCGCCACCCGCGUCGGGGUGAUCGGGUGAAUGUCCUGGGGCUUUGGCUCGACGGAGAGGCGGCCGAGGGCGUGCACCUCUCUUGCAGUUUCCUCUCCCAGCGCCUCGGGGGCGUUUUCAGUCGAAUAAACUUGCGACCGCCACGUGUGGCAUCUUUCCAAGGGAGCCGGCUCAGAGGGGCCGGCGCGCCCGUCGGGGGAUCGCGGCCGGCGCGGGGCAGGGGCGGCGGCUAGAGGCGGCGGCGCGGCGGAGCCCGGGGCCGUGGAUGCUGCGUGCGGAGGCGCUGCCGGUUACGUAAAGAUGAGGGGCUGAGGUCGCCUCGGCGCUCCUGCGAGUCGGAAGCGCCCCGCGCCCCCGCCCCCUUGGCCGCCGCGCCGUGCCGCGCCGCGCCGCGCUUGUCGUCCGAGGCCAGGGCAGGGCGAGCCGAACCUCCGCAGCCACCGCCAAGUUUGGCCGCGCCGCCUUGGGCUGCCGUCGCCCGCACCAUGUCCGCGGCCGCCUACAUGGACUUCGUGGCUGCCCAGUGUCUGGUUUCCAUUUCGAACCGCGCUGCGGUGCCGGAGCAUGGGGUCGCUCCGGACGCCGAGCGGCUGCGACUACCUGAGCGCGAGGUGACCAAGGAGCACGGUGACCCGGGGGACACCUGGAAGGAUUACUGCACACUGGUCACCAUCGCCAAGAGCUUGUUGGACCUGAACAAGUACCGACCCAUCCAGACCCCCUCCGUGUGCAGCGACAGUCUGGAAAGUCCAGAUGAGGAUAUGGGAUCCGACAGCGACGUGACCACCGAAUCUGGGUCGAGUCCUUCCCACAGCCCGGAGGAGAGACAGGAUCCUGGCAGCGCGCCCAGCCCGCUUUCCCUCCUCCACCCUGGAGUGGCUGCGAAGGGGAAACACGCCUCCGAAAAGAGGCACAAGUGCCCCUACAGUGGCUGUGGGAAAGUCUAUGGAAAAUCCUCCCAUCUCAAAGCCCAUUACAGAGUGCAUACAGGUGAACGGCCCUUUCCCUGCACGUGGCCAGACUGCCUUAAAAAGUUCUCCCGCUCAGACGAGCUGACUCGCCACUACCGGACCCACACUGGGGAAAAGCAGUUCCGCUGUCCGCUGUGUGAGAAGCGCUUCAUGAGGAGUGACCACCUCACAAAGCACGCCCGGCGGCACACCGAGUUCCACCCCAGCAUGAUCAAGCGAUCGAAAAAGGCGCUGGCCAACGCUUUGUGAGGUGCUGCCCGUGGAAGCCAGGGAGGGAUGGACCCCGAAAGGCCAAAAGUACUCCCAGGAAACAGACGCGUGAAAACUGAGCCCCGGAAGAGGCACACUGACGGCACAGGAGGUCACUGCUCUUUGGUCAAUAUUCUGAUUUUCCUCUCCCUGCAUUGUUUUUAAAAAGCACAUUGUAGCCUAAGAUCAAAGUCAACAACACUUGGUCCCCUUGAAGAGGCAACUCUCUGAACCCGUCUCUGACUGUUGGAGGGAAGGCAAAUGCUUUUGGGUUUUUUGGUUUUUGUUUUUUUUUUCUCCUUUUUUUUUUUGGGGGGAGGGUAGGGAGUGGGUGGGCGGGAGGGGGGUAAGGCCAAGACUGGGAUAGAAUUUUAAAGAUUCAACACUGGUGUACAUAUGUCCGCUGGGUGAGUUGACCUGUGGCCUCGCACAGUGAUUCUGGGCCCUUUAUGCUUGCUGUCUCUCAGAAUUGUUUUCUUACCUUUUAAUGUAAUGACGAGUGUGCUUCAGUUUGUUUAGCAAAACCACUCUCUUGAAUCACGUUAACUUUUGAGAUUUAAAAAAAAACGCCAUAGCACAGCUGUCUUUAUGCAAGCAAGAGCACAUCUACUCCAGCAUGAUCUGUCAUCUAAAGACUUGAAAACAAAAAACAGUUACUUAUAGUCAAUGGGUAAGCAGAGUCUGAAUUUAUACUAAUCAAGACAAACCUUUGAAAGGUUACACUAAGUACAGAACUUUUAAACCUUGCUUUGUAUGAGUUGUACUUUUUGAACAUAAGCUGCACUUUUAUUUUCUAAUGCAGAGGAUGAAUAAGUUAAAUACAUGCUUUGAGGAUAGAAGCAGACGUUCUGUUUGGCACCAUGUUAUAAUCUGCUUGUUUUACAAUAUACACGUUUCCCUAAGAAAUCAUGGCAGAGAUGUGAGGGCAGAAUAUACACAACAGAUGCUGAAGGAGAAGGAGGGUAGUGUUUUACAAAAGAAAAAGAAAAGAACCAACAGAAUUUUAACUCUAUUAACUUUUCCAAAUUUUCCUAUGCUUUUAGUUAACAUCAUUAUUGUAUCCUAAUGCCACUAGGGGAGAGAACUUUUGACUCUGUUGGGUUUUAUUUGAAUGUGUGCAUAACAGUAAUGAGAUCUGGAAACACCUAUUUUUUGGGGAAGAAGGUUUGUUGGUCUCCUUCCUGUGUUCCUACAAAACUCCCACUCUCAGGUGCAAGAGUUAUGUAGAAGGAAAGGGAGCUGAAAUAGGAACAGAAAAAUCAACCCCUAUAAGUAGUGAACGUCAAGGGAAAAUACCACGAUGAUUUCAGAGGAGACUCUGCAAAAUCGUCCCUUGUGGAGAACGUAGGCAACAUGGAAUACUACGAAUGAAAUCACAUCACUGUAUCUUUUACAUCAAUAGCCUCACCACUAAUAUAUCUUGUAUCUAGGUGUCUAUAAUGGCUGAAACCACUACAUCCAUAUAUGCCAUUUACCUGAAAACUUAACUGUGGCCUUUACGAGGCCAGAAAAGUGAACUGAGUUUUCAUAGUUAAGAAAAGACCUCAAAUGAGGGGAGUCAGCAGUGAUCAUGGGGGAAAUGUUUACAUUUUUUUUUCUUCAGAAGUAACGCUUUCUGAUGAUUUUAUCUGAUAUUUAAAACAGGGAGCUAUGGUGCACUCUAGUUUAUACUUGUGCUCUGAAACGUGUUGUGUAAACAUAGGGUACCUACCUAUUUCAUCUGACACAUACUCAUUUCUGAUUCAGAAUCAGUGUGGGCUCCUGCAGUGGGCGCGGGUCACGGCUGACUCCAACUUCCAAUACAACAGCCAUCACUAGCACGGUGUUUUUUUGUUUAACCAACGUAGUUGCAUUAGUAGUUCUAUAAAGAGAACUGCUUUUAACAUUAGGGACUGGGAGCAGUCCAUGGGAUAAAAAGGAAAGUGUUUUCUCACGAGAAAACAUGUCAGGAAAAAUAAAGAACACUUUCUACCUCUGUUUCAGAUUUUUGAAACACUUAUUUUAAACCAAAUUUUAAUUUCUGUGUCCAAAAUAAGUUUUAAGGACAUCUGUUCUUCCAUACGAAAUAGGUUAGGCUGCCUAUUUCUUACUGAGCUCAUGGAAUGGUUCUGCUUAUGAUACUCUGCACGCUGCCUUUUAGUGAGUGAGGAGUUUGGGGUUGCCUAGCAACUUGCUAACUUGUAAAAAGUCAUCUUUCCCUCACAGAAAGAAACGAAAGAAAGCAAAGCAAAGUCAGUGAAAGACAAUCUUUAUAGUUUCAGGAGUAAAUCUAAAUGUGGCUUUUGUCAAGCACUUAGAUGGAUAUAAAUGCAGCAACUUGUUUUAAAAAAAUGCACAAUUUACUUCCCAAAAAAGUUGUUACUUGCCUUUUCAAGUUGUUGACAAACACACAUUUGAUAUUCUCUUAUAUGUUAUAGUAAUGUAACGUAUAAACUCAAGCCUUUUUAUUCUUUGUGAUGAAAUCCUGUUUUAAAAUGUCACAAAACAGGAACCAGCAUUCUAAUUAGAUUUACUAUAUCAAGAUAUGGUUCAAACAGGACUACUAGAGUUCAUUGAACACUAAAACUAUGAAACAAUUACUUUUUAUAUUAAAAAGACCAUGGAUUUAACUUAUGAAAAUCCAAAUGCAGGAUAGUAAUUUUUGUUUACUUUUUUAACCAAACUGAAUUUUUGAAAGACUAUUGCAGGUGUUUAAAAAGAAAGAAAAGUUGUUUUAUCUAAUACUGUAAGUAGUUGUCAUAUUCUGGAAAAUUUAAUAGUUUUAGAGUUAAGAUAUCUCCUCUCCUUGGUUAGGGAAGAAGAAAGCCCUUCACCAUUGUGGAAUGAUGCCCUGGCUUUAAGGUUUAGCUCCACAUCAUGCUUCUCUUGAGAAUUCUAUUUGGUAGUUAUAAUUACAGAAACUGAUUAGUUUGUCAGUUUGCAGAUAGAUUUAGCACAGUACUCAUCACUCUGGAUAGACUGAGAUGUUCUUUCACAUCAGAUGAUCUGUAACACUGUAAGAUACUGAUCUUUACAACUGUUUAAUCAGUUUUAUUUUUGUACAGUAUUAGUGACCUAAGUUAUUUUGCUGUCCCGUUUUUGUAAAUCAAAUGAAAUUAUAAAAGAGGAUUCUGACAGUAGGUAUUUUGUACAUAUGUAUAUAUGUUGUCCAAAUAAAAAUAAUAAAUGAUAAA